CAUCAUUGCUUCUUUGGUGCAGGCUUGAGAUUUAAUGCAAUUGGUGAAUUUGAACUGUGGAAUUCUACAAAUUGUAUCAAAAUGGCUGGAAAAAUGGAUGUAGAUAUGUCUUUAGAUGAAUUAAUUAAAAGCAACCGGGGAAAAUUUAAUGCUUUUCAAAAUAGAGGUGGCAGAAUGCAACGCAGACGCGGUGCUCGUGGAACUGAGAGAGGUUUUGGAAGAGCUCGUGGUAAUAUGCGGCAAGCUGGAUUCAGGGGAAAAUUCGUAUCUCCAAGGGGUACCUUUAAACCUAGAGCCAAACCUGCAUUUCUUACAACUAAUAGAAUCAGACGUGGUGGUGCCAGUAGUGCACCAGGCCCAGCAAAACUUCUUAUAUCAAAUCUUGACUAUGGAGUGUCUGAUUCUGAUAUUAAGGAAUUAUUUGGUGACUUUGGUGCUCUACGAAAAGCAGUUGUGCAUUAUGACCAGUCUGGUCGGUCUCUAGGCACAGCGGAUGUCGUUUUUGAACGACGCAUGGAUGCAAUCCGUGCACUGAAGCAAUAUGAUGGAGUACCACUUGAUGGUAGACCAAUGAAAAUCCAGAUUACUAGUUCUCUCACACCAAGGAUAAAUAACAGUUUUGCAUCAAACCUUAACAGAAGAGGAAAUGCCAGAUUCUCUGGGAGAGGACGGGGUGCAACGAGAGGUCGAGGUCGUAGAGGAGGUUUUCAGAGGACUUGAAAGAAAUUUUGGAAGCUUUACUGAUGACUACGUGGCCCAAGUGAUUUCAAGAUUUUGCCAUAUGGAUACAUCAGUGGACAUUUCCAUAGUGAAAAGUUGUUUCUCAUAUUUUUAAAAUUCUGAAAGUGACAUUGCUUUGAAUAACAGACUCCGAAAGCUGAAAAUAUGUUUUGAAAAAUGCAGACAUUUUAACGCAGUAUUGGUGGAUAUAAGUCGUCUAUUUUAAUAAAACUGUGCAACGAUUCAAAUUGCAUUUAUUUUAUUAAUGCCAAGUGAAUCAAAACUGGUAUAAUUUUUUACAUUAUACGUUGAUAUCUGUAGAAAAUAACACUAAAUCUUAUUGUGGUUUUAAACAGAAAUGUUAAAAGUAUAUAAUUACAUUAUGUAAUAGAUAUCUGCAUUAAAGUUUGGAUUGUUUUUAUUGCUCUAAAAUAAAUGUGAAAAAAUAUUUUUUGAGCAAGUAAUAAAUAUAUUAUAUAGACA